AUGUGGAAUUUUACUCUCCGAUGGAUCAUAUCUUUGGCAAUUUUUUUCUGCACUUUAUUUGCUAUUUUUUUGGCCAUGUCACACUUCCCUGUGCUCGAUGAGAUUAUAGGGUCAAAGAGAAGCUCAAUUGUCAGUGAAACUCUUGAUUUGGAAGAGCCAGUCAUUUUAGCAUAUGCUGGUUAUGCAACAGAGAAUGAGGAAAAUUUGAUGAUGAAAUUGUCAAGUCCAUCAGCUCCUGAAUUAUAUCCAACUCCAAGACGACCAAGAAGAGGAGUGGCCGAUGACACUUUUGGUACUUGUUUGAAAACCUAUCAAUUUAAUGUUAUUUUUCAGUGAGCCAGUAAACCAAAAUGUGGUGUAAAUUGAAAAUCUAGGCCUAUGUAAAUCUCUAUGUGCUUGUGAUUUGCAAUAAGCAAUUUAAGAGGUUAAAGGGAGAAAAUGAUUUUCUGUCAAUCUACUGCUGCUUGCAAGUAAUCUCUCAAGUAUUUAUUUUCUUGCAUUAUUCUAUUUUGUCAUAUUUCACCUUUAUAAAAUUUCCUCUUUUUUACCAAUCCAGUUUUGAGAAGCCUCAAAAAUUAAAUUUUAAACCAAUAUUAAUAGUUUUUGAAUGCAAAAGCUUAAUCUACAGCCUCAAUUGUGAGUUUUAUUUAAGAAUUAACUAUGACUGAUGGUAAAAUAUCAAUUCAUUAUAAUUAAGGUUUUAAGAAAAGACCAUGAAUAAUUUUUUUGAAUCACUCAUACAAAGAAUAAUCUGAACUUUACAGAAUGUGAAACAUGAAACUCAGAAAACCUUGAACACUGGACAGGUGUGUUUCUGGCCUCUCAUGGUGUUGGUGAAAAACCAACCAAUCAAUCUACAAUGAUAUUAAUUGAUGAGUUUAUGUUUUUCUUUAAGUUUUUUUGUGUGCCAUGAUCUGUAGUAUGAUUGUUCAUGACACAGUAAGUAACCCAAAGAUAUUGCAUAAUUAUGUUCAUGAUUUUCCUAGUUUGAUAGUAAGUGUGCGUAUGUUUAUUUUUAGUCACCCCUGGAAUUACCAAGAAGGAAUACAGAGACAGAAGACACAAACUUCUAAGGUUCUUGUUAUUCAUUUAUUGUCUUUCAAUUCUUUUAUUAAAAUCACUUUGUCAAUGAUUGUGGCACAUUUGCAGGCUAAAAUAAAGGUUUUCUUUGGUUGUAACCAAACAGGUGUCUCUCACUUUACAAAUUUUCAAACAGCUAAACCCCAUUUUUUAACAUCUCAAGUGAAACAAAAGGCUCACUUGAUUUGAGAUAUACUCUUCAAACAGUGGUGGUUGUUUCAUUUUGUUGCUGAUAUCAUUUGUCUGGAAGAAAAGGAUUUUUCCUUUCUACUUCUCUACAAUGUAGAUGAAGUGGACUGUUUGAGUCACAUAUUAUGUGUUGAAUCAUGGUGUUAAUUUAGCUGAAGUAUUUGUAUGAUUAUGUGAUUAAAUGGAAUUCAACUAUUACUUCUUGAUGAACUACAACUGAUCUGUUUCAUAAUUUGUCAGAGGCAUGGGUAGACUUGAUCUUAAGGUAUAAUGUAUUUGCAAAAAUUAUUUAAUUUUAUACGUCAUCUUUCAAUCUAAAGUGUACUCUCCAAGACACAUUUUGGUGAAACUCACGAUAAGCAUUUGGUGGUUAUUCCAAGUAACCCAACGAAACAUAUGACCAUAGAUGUACCGUAAGUUUACCUUCCAAGUUUAUAUCAAGUUGGGAGAGUUAGUUUGUACAAUAUUUAAAACAUUUGAAAUGUGUUAAGGAAGUUUAAUUGUAGUAUGGAAUAAAUUUAAGCUCAAAUGAUUAUGAUGAGUCCUAUCUAGUUUAUUUCAGCCUGUGUUGACCUUUGUUGACAAAGAAUUUUAUGUUAAAACACAAUACAAACAUAAAUCUUGUAAACAAAAUCUGAAACUAUGGAAAGGGAAAUAAGUGUAUGCUAUACUAUACAGUCAUGUGAAUUGUUUUAAUCAAUAGCUUGUGGACGAUGUCACCCUGAUUUAAAAAGUGCUCUGAUCUGAAAAUUUUACCUGCUUAUAUUAUUGUUAUGCUUUUUUUAGAUAUCCAUUUAGACAGAACACAGACUUUCUUUACUUAACUGGUUUUCAAGAACCUGAUGCUGUUUUAGUAUUACGUAAGUUGUUGCCCAAACUUUGAGUGGAAGGAAGAUACUUCCAAGGUUAUGCCAUCUUUGAUCAAAGUUUGAUGAAGAUUAAACAGUUUUUCAUUGUACAGAAACCUUGGAGGGUCAGUCACUGCCUGCACAUAAGAGUACCUUGUUCAUUCAACCUCCAGACCCCAAAAGGUAAUUACUCAUUACAAUACUUUUUAUUUAUAAGCUCUGUUUUUAUGCUCAGGUUUAAUUGGAUUCAACAGGCCCCAGGGUGGAUCCAGAAUUUGGUGAAGGGGAGUUUGGAUAAAUUACUACCAAAUGGUGGACAAUCCUAGGGGGGUCAGAGGGCAUACUCCUGCUAAGAAAGUUGAAAUAAAGGUCUUAAAAAAAGUUAUUUGGAAUAUUGAUUUAUACAUGUCACUUAGUAGUUUGGCUUACCAACAGCAAUAAUUAAGUUGCAAAUUUAAGCAAUAGACCACACUUUCCAUCAGUUUACCAGUGUGAUAAUCCACACUGGAUGUCAGGAGAACAUGAAAAAAGUUUGUAAAUCACAAGCUUGAGGUGAGUGGUUUACAAACUUUUCAAGCAUUCUCCCAAAAUCCUAAUUAUGUGUUUCCACAAGUCACGGUUAUUUUGAUGAAAAAGUAUCUUUGCAUCUCAGCUCUGUAGGCCUCAGUUAUGGUCUAAUAAUAAGGGCAGGAAGGGGUGGGCUAUGCAUUGCUUACUCGUCUCUUGCUAUGGUAUUACACCUCUGUUGAGGCUGUUUGUUUUCUUGUUAGGGAGUUGUGGGAAGGUAAGAGGCCUGGAACAAAAGAUGCUAUUCUGUUUUUUGGAUUUGAUGAGGUAAGUUUGAAAGCUUGUUACAUUCAGUUGAUUUUACAGGAGUUGUGACUCUUGUGAUAGUGUCUUGCUGUUCUAAAAUUCUUAUUGUCAAUUUUUCCUCUAUUUUCCAGUCAUACUCUAUCAGAAAUCUAGCUCCUGUUCUUAUUGACAGGUAUGUGUUAAAAACUGGUUUAUAGUGUCCAUAUCUAGUGUUAAAAAAGAAGUAGUGCAAGCCAUACGUUUUUAUUGGAAGCCUGCCAACACGAAGUAAUGAUAAUUUGUUGUAAUGUCAGGGUUUCAAUAAAGGCCAGUUACUGGCCAUCUACUGCCACCUGCAAGACCUCUUAUUGUCAUCGUUUGUUUAGCAUGUUAACAAGCUCGUGUGUUUCACCUUUCACACCCCUUUCUGGCCACAGUCACCCAGUACACCAUCAGCAGGUGCUUAUGGAUAAAGUUAUUGAAACCCAUGUUCAGUGUCAUAUCCACAUACAUGUAGGUGACAUCCACAUAUAUGUCAUUGGGAGAUAGUCCACAAGAAUUUGGCCUGGUAAAUUACAUCCCAUUUAAUCAAGACUUUAAAAAUUCAUACCAGGUAUGCUGGAAAGGACUUCAGUGUGUGGUAUGAUUCCUUACACCCUACUCACCCCAUGAUCCAUGAAGAAAUUUCCAAGGUUCUGUUCCGCUCAGAGAAGUUCAGUUAUAAAAGUAAGCACAACCAUUACUAUUAGUCCCCUAUGAGUCCCUCUGCUGCCCCUUUUCCCCUUUAAACUAUCAACAACUAUACUCAGAAGGGUAUACUAUUUCUUAUAUACCUCAUGUUUUAGCACCUGUCUGGAAGUGAAGCAUUCUUUGGUAACCCUGCACAUGAGUGUUGCAUUUGAUUUCAUUGCAAGUAAUUAUGCAUGCAAUGCAAUUUAAAAACAUCCAGAUUUUUCUUGUUUGGCACUAACUGCGGCUUUAGUCAAGAUGGUAUGACAAAAAUAACUUAAAAUUCAUGAAAGAAAUUGUUAAUUUUGCCUGCUUCAUUUUCAUUCCUUCCAAUACCUCUCAAUCACACUUGUCCUUAAAAAAAGUUAGUACAUGAAGACAUAGGAGCAUGAUACAAAUGAAAACAUGAGAACAUACAGAAUGCAUAUCACAUGCAGUAGAAGCCACAGGCAAUUUUAAUGUUAAAACAUUGUCGCAUGCUACUAGCAUAUUUGUGUUGUUUAUUUGAAACAGCCCUAAAAGAGAGCAAAAGUUUUUUUUAUUUUAAAAUAUUUUUUCAUUUAUUCAUCAAUUGAUUGAUAUGUUUAUCUGUCUUUGUAUUUAUUUUGUUAUUACUUUUAACCUCAGGCAUUGAAAUCAGAGAAACUAACCCCCAAAAAUGUAUUUCUUUUUCUAGACUUGUUAACUCUGGGUCACAAUGUUCAUAUGCUGAGACUGAUAAAAUCUGAAGCAGAAAUUAAACUUCUAAGACAAUCAGCCUCACUAACAGCUCAAGCCAUUACAAAGGUAAGAUAAUUACCAUCUGUCAGCUCAAGAGUUUUGCUUAAAUGUAAUGAAAGUAUUGAGAUCAAUUGACCAGUAAGCAAGCAGUUUAAAAAUUAUAAUGGAAAAUAUCAUGUCACACCAUGAAUAAGGAGAAACAUUGCAGAUCAAAUAUUUCUGCUAGAAUUCCUCCUCUAGUUUCAUUUUGAUAUAUUUCAUUUCAAUUGAUAUAAAUACCUCCAUGUCAUAAUUCCCAGAAAGUUAGGUUGUUAAUAUGGUGCAUCAAUUCUUUUCACUGCUGUGGUUUCCAUUGAUCUAUUUUUUCAAGGUGAUGAAAAGCACCCGUCCAGGGCUGGAGGAAUCUCAUCUACAUACCAUCCUUGAGUAUGAGUGUCGUAUGGGAGGGGCUGAGCGGCUGGCAUACCCCCCUGUAGUGGCCAGUGGUCCAAUGGCCAACACCCUUCACUACAUUAACAACACACAAGUUCUAAGGUGAGAUAUGAUGUAACAUGCGGCAAGUAAGUCUACAAGUUUCUAAGCCCAGGAAAAGUCUAUAUGAAUCUACACAGAUGCGAGUAAUACUACUAGGGGUAGACUUGGGAAUACUGCAACCGGCAUCAAGGGCGUUAAAAAAUAUAUCUGCCGAACUUAAAUAGCAAAGAAUUAUGCAAACAAUGCAUGACUGGAAACAUAUGCAAUCAUCACCAAGGGCAGGAAAAACAUGGCCAAGGUGGGAUAAUAUUUAGCCAAGGUCAAAAGUGGUUACAGCCAGUCGUGUUAAGGCGCGUGUAAUCAUAACAGAUGUACCUUUGAUUUUACCGCAGAAACGGAGAGCUGGUCCUUAUGGACGCGGGAAGCGAGUACCAUGGUUACGCCAGCGAUAUCACCAGGACUUGGCCAGUCAGUGGUAAUUUUAGUGAGCCACAGAGGGAACUCUAUGAAGUGGUACUUAGAGUGCACAAGAAAUGCUUACAAGUGAGUGGAGGCCUUUCCUGACCUGAUACUACUGAUAUACUAAAAACUUGACAUGAGUAACUUUGUCAAAUUAAGGUACUUGUUUUGACAUUCUUGUUCUUAGCUUUGUCAAAAGACGGUUUCUCUUGACUAUCUUCAUCAUGCCAUGUUGCUACUGCUUGGAGAGGAACUCAUAGGUAAGCGGAAUUUUUUAUGUGUACUUUUAAGUUUCCAAAGUGAAUGCAAUGGAAGCGAUUGCAGAUGCCAACAGCAAUUUAGAAACAAAAACGGAAAGGAAAACAACCGGUUUCAAAAGUGUUGGGGAAUGUAUGCGUGACCAAGUCGUGACCAUAGAGUGUGGCCAGUUCGGCAUUUUGUUUAAGACUUACGGUAACACGCGAUUUAAAACUGCUUCAAGUAAUUGUCUAUGUUGGAGCCACUUACUCGACCGAUGAUAGUAUUUACAGCUUCCAUGCCGUCAAAAGACAUGUUCGUAAGAAACUUGUACAUGCAAUGUUUCCAAACUGUAACUGAAAAAUUUUACUAACUGGGUAGGUAAAGUUGUAACCGGUUCCUUGAGCAAGAAAAUCUGAGUGUUGCAAACUAAUUUAAUUUUAGUUUAACUCGUGUGGAGAGGCAAACUCUCUAUCACAGUGCACAAGAUAUUUACUGGAAAAGACUUGUUUUUAACUCAGCAAACUUUUAUGCUUACAAAUGAAUAAAGUGGGUAAGGUUUUUAAAGAAACUGUGGUACUGCGUCGGUGGAGAAGUAUAACAAGACAAUCUGGUUUUAUCAACAGAGUUGAUAAUGUAAAUUGGCCACCGUAAAGAGUUUCAAAGCAGACGUUUCGAGCGUUAGCUCUACGUCUCAAUUAUGGGCUUCAGCGAAUAAGCCCCCAUUAAAUGAAGACAAGACUAAAGUACUUACGAUCACUGGCAAAAGACGCGUGGCCAACAUAAAUAGAAGUGACAUAGAUGUAAUCGUAAAUGGAAAACAGCUCAGUAAUGUGGAUUGUGCUACCUUAUUAGGCGUAGAAAUUGACAGCAAAUUGUCAUUUAAUGAACAUGUUGAGAAAGUAUGUAAAAAGUUGGCCUCUAGAAUCGCAAUAUUGCGUAAGAUCCGAGCGUGUCUACCUCUUAAACAGCGACUUCAGUUUUAUAAUAGCAUUAUUCGCCCUGUUAUGUCUUACGCUAACGUUGUUUGGGCAAAUUGCGAUAAAGAGUCGGUUCAUAGGGUCUUAAGAUUGCAAAAACGUGCGGCACGCGUUAUUUGUUAUGCCGAUCGCAUGACACCAUCAGUUGCUUUGUUUAACAAGCUAGGUUGGAUCCCGUUUUAUGACCAACAUAAGAUUGAUAAAUGCACAAUAAUGUAUAAGCGAAUUAAUGGGACUUUGCCGAAUUAUCUUAAUGAACACUUAAUUUUAAAUAAUAAGCGGCACUCCCGCAACACUAGAUAUUCAAGCACUAAUGCUGUUUGUCCUAAAUAUAAAAGAGAAACAGAAGGAGGACGCUCUUUCGCUGUUUCGGCAACAAGACUGUGGAACAGUACACCAAUUGAAAUUAGGAAACUAAAUUCUGUAGCAUGUUUUAAAAAGAACAUGUGUGCCAAGAUUUUUAAGGAACAACAAUUUUUGCAUCAUUUCAUAAUUUAAUAAUUUAUUUUUAUCUUAUAAUCGAAUCCUGUCAUAUUUUAUAUUUUAACUGUAUAUAUAUAUAUUUUAGCUUACAGUAUUUUAGAUUCUAAAUAGUUGUGAGGGCCACAAGUUUAUUAGCCUUUGGCUAUUAAGUGCCACCCUCUUUAAAUAAAGGCUUUACUUACUUACUUACUUACGUCAUUCACUCUGACGAAGGGCUAACGCUCGAAACGUCAGCUUUGAAACUCUUUACAGUGGCCAAUUUACGUUAUCAACUCUGUUGAUAAAACCAAAUUAUAUUCAAUACUUACACGCUGGUAAGCCAAUUUACCUGGUGUUUAAUUACGUUCCUUUUAUCGUCAGGUCUCAAUAUGAUUCCGAAGAACUUGACCGAAAGUCAGCUCAAAAAGGUAUUGACGCAAACUAACAGUUCGUUAUGAACCCCUCUUAAUGCCAACAAACAGUUACAAGAAGAACUUUCAUUUUGGUUACUGCUAGUCUAUUAGCCCUCUGAUCACUAAGAGUGACAAGCAUCUAAGUUCUCCUCACAACAAGACCCCUGAAUCACGCAUUAAGGUUACGAGAAUAAAGAAAAUUAUUACCAACUAAAGAAGCUCUCGAUUGUUAAACAAUUUCUCUUCGUCGGCACCAUGGGAAGUGUUCAUAGAACAGUAUGAAGAAGAUUUAUACUAAUAUUGGGGUGACAAGAGUUAGGUGUAAGGCGUAGUUUGUCAACGAAUUCUUUGCUGUUCGGUGGUAGAGUAUCAGUGUUAGUCUGAGAAAAUGACCGAGUACCCCGUGAGGAUUCAAUCAUUGAUCUUCCGAUUUCGCAGUGUGUUGUUCUUCCAUUGAGCUACGGAUAACUUGUUAUAGAGCUUGAGAUGUCUUUGGGAUUUCAUUUUACGUGACAUACCAAGAGAUUACCGCCAAGGAGACUACAACUCUAUCUAUUUGAUAGAUAGUAGAGUUAACAUCACCAAUUAUUUUAAUUGUGUCUUCCAUUGGUUCUAGGUUACCGCUGAAUUCUGCCCUCAUCACGUGGGCCACUAUCUAGGUAUGGACACCCACGACACGCACAUGGUGAGCAGAGGCUUGGGACUACAUCCGGGUAUGGUGAUAACAAUUGAACCUGGGAUUUACAUCUCUGUGGAUAACACUAAAGUACCAGAAAGGUUUGAAAUGUUCUUAUUCUUAUGAAUGACUUUGAUUGGUAGAGGUCGAACACAAAAGGAGUCGUGGUUUAUUUUCUCUCAGCUAACCCUUGUUGAACCGGCUAUGUCUGAUGCUAUGAUUUCUUUUAUUCUCAGGUACCGAGGGAUAGGAAUAAGAAUCGAGGACGAUGUAUUGAUCACUGAGAAAGGACCUGAAGUUCUUACGGCGGAAUGCCCAAAGGAGAUUGAAGACAUCGAAAGACUCAUGAACAACACAGAAAUCGCGAGACUUUAGACAACUUGAAAAAAUUAGCAUCGUCUAAUUGAGACAAAUUGGGCUAUUCAACCCACAAGUUUUUGUUACUGGUGAAACCUCUAUUGAAAAUCGCACCAAAGUGUUUAUGAUUUAGAAGUUGUUGUUUGCUGGUUGAAUUCUUCGCGAAUGUCAGCCGGUUUUUCUAUCUUCACAGUUUUAGCCAUUUCAUGCGAGGACUUAGCAUGUUUUUCGUUAUUUGUUAACUUUUUUUCUGCUGAGGCUUGGCUGCGAGAAAAUAAGGCGACGAAAGUGCGACGAUGAUGUGAAGAUAUUUGAAAAGUGAGAAGAUCUGCAAUUUUUGCGCAUGAGGUGAUGGUGAGGGAAAAUAGAACAAUGUGUUUCGCCAUGUUACUUUUGUAAGGAGCGUACGUGAUGGAUAACAGAUAGUGUCAAAAGUAGCUCGUGAGCCGACUUCGUUCCCUGGAACAUAAAGGACCCUGAGAACAAGGUUACCAAUGGAUUUUCUGUCACUGGUGUUAACAAACAUGGACGUAUUCUGUGAUUUAUUUCUGAAUAGGCAAACGGAAAAAUGGAACCGAAUUUUUUUAAGUAAGAGAAGAAAAGAACUGUUUAACCUUCUAGAUCAAUAUAUUUGAAGUGUGAACUUUUCUGAUUUUGUAAAUAAAGGUGACUUACAUUGGCGGUUAAACGACCGUUGAGGAUGGACG